AUGAUGGAUUAUUCUGAUGAAAACUUGAACUUCUUCCGAGUUUGUGAUAUAACUGCCAACGUUAUCACCGAAGGGUUACGUUGCGUAUUCAAGCAAGAAUGGGACAAUAAAUUUCAGUCAACUUUUGGAAAGUGGAACGAUACGAUUCAAAACGGACAGGACUUCGAGAAACAGGAACCAAGCAAAAGCAAAAAGAGAAAUGCAAAGUUGCUAAGCAUUAUGAUCAAUGGUAAAACGGAAGAAUGGGAUUGUACAGCGUUGUGUUUUGGGAUACUGUACUCAAACAGCAUAGGGACAACACUAAACCCCGUAACUGACACUCAUGUAAACAGUCUUCGAGAGUUACGUAAUGAGGUUUUUGCCCAUAUUUCUAAAGGUGCCACUUCUGAUGCCGACUUCCAAAGUUUCAUUUCACGAGUAGAGGCAGCUUUCUUGGGAUUAAACCUAGAUGUUGAGACUCUCAGAGCCAGCGCACAUCAGAAAAGCUUUCCUACAACUGAGCGAAUAUUGAAUCAGUUAAAAGAAGAGCAGAAACUAGUGAGCGCUCUACAGCAAAAAUCAUCAGCACUUGAAGAGGAGCUCAAUUUUAAGCCUAAGAAGUUUCUAGGCAACCUCCCACCUAAGCCAAGCCAUGUGAUACAAGAUCGCCAAUCUGAGAUUGCAACAAUUCUACAACACAUGAAAGAGCUAAAGAGCAGCUCUAACGGAGAAAUCACCACAAUCUAUCUUUCUGGUAAUCCUGGUUGUGGAAAAAGUCAGCUUGCUAGAAUGGUCGGGAAAGCAUUCUACAAACACGUAUCAACCAAUGACCUUGCUUUUGUUGCCACGUUGAAUGCAGAAACUCUUGAGACACUUUUUAAUUCAUAUGACAGCUUCAGCAGAGCACUUGGAUGUACAGAGUACGCUGUUAGUAAAAUCACCACAUCCAAUGACAAGACUGAAGAAAAGUUAGGGCAGUUCCAAAGGCUUGUCUCGCCAAAAAUGAGAGAGUUCUCAACGUGGCUCCUGAUAAUCGACAACGUCGUUGACCUGAAAACUGUUCGCCUAUUUUGGCCUUCAUCAGGAAGUAAUGAACAUGGAGACGGCCAUGUACUCGUUACUACUCAAGACAGUGACGCCAUCCCGAACGAUGCUUUACAUAGCUGGUCCAUGUGUCUAAGUAGAGGAAUGAAUCCUGAGGAUGCCGUAACUCUACUCACUGACGCCUCCCAGAUGAAGGAUUGUAAAGACGUCGAGAAGGUUGCAGAGGCUCUUGAUUACCAACCUCUGGCGCUGGCAUGCGCUGGUUGGUACAUGUCUAACGUCCGUUCUCGUGGUGGAUGUAACUUCACCUGGGCGCGGUAUCUUAGUAAAUUGAAAGAUGGAAAAGAAGAAACAAUGGGAGAAAUCAAGAAAAAAUGCGAAAGCGGGUACACGAGAUCAAUGCCUGUCGCUGUGCGAAUGGCUGUGGAAAGAACUGUGACAAGUGAACCAGUAUUACUGUAUACUUUUCAGUUCCUUUCUGUCUGUGCUCCUGCUCCAAUUCCGUUAGAAGUUGUCAUCGAGUUCGUUGCUGAGCGAAUGCCUAACCUUGAUGCUGAAGACAUCGCUCCAAUAUUGAUGGAUUCAAGUCUUCUUCAAAUUUCAUCUAAAGGAGAUAGUAGGCCAACAUUGUGGCUUCACCAGGUGGUAAAUAGAGUCAUUAAAAGUAAUGCAAAAGUCAAGAUACAAGCAGGGAAACCUGAGCUUGAAAUGAUCUCAACAGCGCUUGGACCACUUCACAGACUUACGAAAGAAGACAGCUCUAACUCCAAGAUAUUCGCUGAACAUGUGAGCGCUUAUGUAUCCUACGUUAUUUCCUUUGGCCACAGUUGUUUAAAUCUUUAUGAGGAAAUGAGCAAAGUGACUCAAUUAAGUCACUUCCUCGAGUGCUUUAUUUCUUGCGCCACAAUGUGCCUUAAAUAUGGAAAACUCAGUGUCGUUAAACAGUGUUUAGAAGCAGUAAGACAAUUCAUGAAGGCAAACACAGACAUCGCUAUCAACAAAGAUAUUUCGUACUUGUUGCAUUUCUUUUGUGGCCAAGCUCUGGCAGAACAAAGUAAAUUUAAAGAUGCCAUCGAAUACUUUAAAGAGGCAUUGGAAAUACGGCGCCGCAGUUUUGACACAAACAGUCAAGCGGUCGCCGAGUGUCUGCGCCAGCUGGGGCGAGCGAACUACAAUUUAUCUCAGGGCAAGGAAGCUAGAGAGUAUUAUAAUGAAGCACUUGCCAUCUUUCGUAAAAAUUUUGGGGAAAAACAUAAAGAUGUAGCGAGAUGUCUCAUUGGCUUAGGUAACUUGGAAAACAAUCAAGCUGAAGCACUGCCGUAUUACCAUAAAGCUUUAUCAAUCAGUAAGGAACUUUUUGGAGAACAGAAGCAAAUAGAGGCCCGUUGUUUACACAACAUUGGAGUAACGUGCACCUUUCUUUGUCGCUAUGAUGACGCAGAAAAACACCUGAACGAUGCACUUGUUCUCCUUUGCGACAUUUAUGGAGAACGACACGAGGAAACUGCAAUUUGUUUGUGUAACUUGGGAAGAGUUCACUUAUUUUGCUCCCGUUUUGAAAAGGCCAGGGACUUGCUGGAAAAAGCACUCAAGAUUAGACAAGAAAUUGGCAACGAAUUACGUGUGGCACGAAAUCUUUUUUUCCUUGGCCAGCUAAGUCAAAAGGAAGGCGAAAUAAGCACUGCCGAGGAAAGUUAUACUAAAGCACUGGACACCUUUCGAAGCUUUAAAUUUCCUGAGAACCACCUGUAUGUAAAGGAAGCGGUGUCGGCUCUGCAG